AUGUGGGAGCGUCCUAACCCUGCCCAUUGUUGUGGGAGCGUCCCUACCCCCGCCCCUUGUUAUGGGAGCGUCUUUUUCACGCCCAUUGUUGUGGGAGCGUCUCCAAACCCGCCCAUUGUGGUGGGAGCGUCCCUAAGCCCGCCCAUUGUUAUACGUUGUGGCAACCUAGAAUUGUUUCCUGGGAGGGCAGCUCCCAGCAGCGAGACACAGAGGGCAGCUCCCAGCAGCGAGUCACAGAGGGCAACUCCCAGCAGCGAGACAGCAGCGAGAGGGCAGCUCCCCACACAGAGGGCAGCUCCCAGCACACAGAGGGCAGCUCCCAGCAGCGAGACACAGAGGGCAGCUCCCAGCAGCGAGACACAGAGGGCAGCUCCCAGCAGCGAGACACAGAGGGCAGCUCCCAGCAGCGAGACACAGAGGGCAGCUCCCAGCAGCGAGACACAGAGGGCAGCUCCCAGCAGCGAGACACAGAGGGCAGCUCCCAGCAGCGAGACACAGAGGGCAGCUCCCAGCAGCGAGACAGAGGGCAGAGGGCAGAGGGCAGCUCCCAGCAGCGAGACACAGAGGGCAGCUCCCAGCAGCGAGACACAGAGGGCAGCUCCCAGCAGCGAGACACAGAGGGCAGCUCCCAGCAGCGAGACACAGAGGGCAGCUCCCAGCAGCGAGACACAGAGAGCAGCUCCCAGCAGCGAGACACAGAGGGCAGCUCCCAGCAGCGAGACACAGAGGGCAGCUCCCAGCAGCGAGACACAGAGGGCAGCUCCCAGCAGCGAGACACAGAGGGCAGCUCCAGCAGCGAGAGCAGAGGGCAGCUCCCAGCAGCGAGAGGGCAGCUCCCAGCAGCGAGACGCAGAGGGCAGCUCCCAGCAGCGAGACACAGAGAGCAGCUCCCAGCAGCGAGACACAGAGGGCAGCUCCCAGCAGCGAGACACAGAGGGCAGCUCCCAGCAGCGAGACACAGAGGGCAGCUCCCAGCAGCGAGACACAGAGGGCAGCUCCCAGCAGCGAGACACAGAGGGCAGCUCCCAGCAGCGAGACACAGAGGGCAGCUCCCAGCAGCGAGACACAGAGGGCAGCUCCCAGCAGCGAGACGCAGAGGGCAGCUCCCAGCAGCGAGACACAGAGGGCAGCUCCCAGCAGCGAGACACAGAGGGCAGCUCCCAGCAGCGAGACACAGAGGGCAGCUCCCAGCAGCGAGACACAGAGGGCAGCUCCCAGCAGCGAGACACAGAGGGCAGCUCCCAGCAGCGAGACACAGAGGGCAGCUCCCAGCAGCGAGACACAGAGGGCAGCUCCCAGCAGCGAGACACAGAGGGCAGCUCCCAGCAGCGAGACACAGAGGGCAGCUCCCAGCAGCGAGACACAGAGGGCAGCUCCCAGCAGCGAGACACAGAGGGCAGCUCCCAGCAGCGAGACACAGAGGGCAGCUCCCAGCAGCGAGACACAGAGGGCAGCUCCCAGCAGCGAGACACAGAGGGCAGCUCCCAGCAGCGAGACACAGAGGGCAGCUCCCAGCAGCGAGACGCAGAGGGCAGCUCCCAGCAGCGAGACACAGAGGGCAGCUCCCAGCAGCGAGACACAGAGGGCAGCUCCCAGCAGCGAGACGCAGAGGGCAGCUCCCAGCAGUGUAAUGCAAAGGGGCAUCUCCCAGCAGUGUGGUGCAGAGGGCAGUUACCAGCGGCGAGGAGGAGAGACAGCUGGCGCCAGGUUCUCCCAGAAUUGUCAACAAGGGUCUUCUGCAACCCAGCUGCAGCCCUGCUAAUAGACUGCUACACUAUGAAGUUCUCCUCAAACACCAACUCUACCACUGAUCCCUCAGAAGCACGUGAAACUUCACUGCUCCUCUUCACAGAGUGUGGUCCACCUAUCACUAUUUGGCUCUGCUCUUCCACAGAGUUCAGCAUUCACUUCUACAGCCCUGAAGUUCCACCCAAUAACUUCUCUGGCCUCGAAGUUCCAUCAACUUCUACAAAAAAAACUGCAAUUUCCAUUGCCAUGCCAAUAAAAAUGUUUUCCUACUAA